AUGUCGCCAUCUCCAGACGUAGACGCAGACCCGGCCGUUCCUUUGGUAGCUUCCUCCUCGAAACACCCGUUUACCCAGAGCCAAUGCUCUCUCGCGCUUGCCCUGACCAAGUUUCGUCUAAAAGACAGCUCUACCUCAGGUAUAUUAACCUAAAUUACCUUUUCAAUAGGAUACUAAACCUUAUAGACUUUAUUCAACAUCUCCGGAAAAAGGUCAAGACCACAAGUAGUCACAGUGUUCUCGACGGUGAACACCGAUAUGUCGAUAGUGUUGAGUUCUGGAAGGACCAAUACACAAGGGUUCACGAGGAGAAGAAAGACCUUCAGGAUAAGGUCCAUCGAAGAGAAGAGGAGCUGCGAGUCUUGAAAUUGGCCCAAGAUCAAGAUGACCCUGACACACGACCUGCAAUACCUCAACAACUAAUGUCACAGUAUUCCGAUAUGCCGCUUGCAAGGAAGAGAAAGGAACCAUCGAGUGACGACAUCCUCUCAGGCCUAGACCCUCCUGCCAUGUGGAACGAGGAAGCAACAUUCAUGGCUCCUGCCGAUGUGCACCUCCUUAGGAUGAGAUCCUUCUGUAAGCUUCCCCAUGAUGCUAUGAAUCUACCAUUAGCUAGUCGCAAAUGCUUACUUGAAUGACUUUUAGUGGUUCGGCUAGGACGGGAGAGAAAAAACCUCGACAAGUCCAAUGAACGUCUACAAGACCCAAAUCACCACGGCGACGUAUUGAAGCACUUCAAUGGUCUAUUGGCGCUGCUUGAGAAUGCUUUGUGCGACUCGUGCAUGCCAUUAAAGUUUUACAACGACAACGAGGAGCUGCAAAAAUCUCACACUUUCAAGUUACUUCGACAACUGACUUGGCAAGUCUACAUUAGCUUUCAGUCAUGCUUUACAACUUUGAAUGAGAUAUGUCGGACUAUACCUGGCAGAUCUAAGAGGAGCCCAAUCAUCUAUGGAAUGGUCCAGUUCGUGAAAAACUCCCUAGCACUAUUACACAAUCUUAGCAAGAAACAAGCCGAACAUCAAAAGAUCAUUGGAUCAAGUAAGCGCUCAAAAGGAUCCAAACCAGAGGAAUACGCCGUCAACGUAUAUUUGACUUGCACAAUCACCUCUAUCAUAUGGGGCAUGGAUUGGGAGGUGAAUAAGCCAGGACACUCUGAGCUCUUGGAGGGAAUUAUGUUCGCAGUAUUGGAGCAUACUGGGCGUCUAAUGUCGGUAGCUAGCUUUGGUGGGCAUAUUGCAGCUUCGAAAAACAGAGGGCCCAAGGUCAGCAAAACACCAACGAUCGAUACCACAUAUACCGAAUCUCUGUAUGCGACGCAGAUUCUUUAUGCCGCGCUCGGUGGAGCCGAUAAGAAAGAGCUAUUUCUCAAGGUUCUCAUGACAGGCCGGGUUGGCUCGAGGGCUUCUAGACAGCCUAAGGAUAUGCGCAUGCUGGACAAAGCGAAGCACUUACUUCAAAGCACCCUAGUCAAGUAUAUGGUGGGAGUAGAGCAUCUUGAAACCUUGCGGAUGCCUGAGCCGCCAGUAGAGAAAAUGGAUAUCUCGAAGAUUGAACAUAAGGGAGUAGCACCCUCGAAAGACUGGCUUGUUAGCAUGGUGGCUAACCUUGUGGGAUGGGAUCUGGUCAUGCCAAAGUAA